AUGCAGUGGGACACAGCGGGCCAGGAGCGAUUCCGCACUAUCACGACGGCCUACUACCGCGGUUCCAUGGGCAUUCUUCUCGUCUUUGACGUAACGGACGAAAAAAGCUUCCAGAAUAUGCUGACGGCAGACAUUCGCAACUGGUACCAAGACGUGCAACAGCACGCCAGCGAGGGUGCGUGCAAGAUCCUGGUUGGCAACAAGUGUGACUGGGAAGACAAGCGCGCUGUUACGAAAGAGCAGGGCCAGCAGCUUGCCGAGGAGCUUGGCAUGCAGUACAUCGAGACGUCGGCCAAGGCGAACACCAAUGUCGACGAGGCCUUCUUCAAGCUUGCCCAGCAAGUUAAGGACCACCUGGUGGACCAGGGCAUCACGUCAAACGUGCAGGGAGCCCCCGGUUCGCAAACCAUCGGGGCCGGUUCGGGGCUGGGCGGCGCUAAUGACAAGAAGGGCGGGUGCUGUUAG